AUGGGACGUGAGGAGCAUGGAGGACUUGGGCAUGGACGCAGCUCAACUGGAUACGCAAAGGAAGAAGGAGAAGCCAUCUUGAAGACCAGCUCGACCAUCUACUCGACCAACCGGUCGAGUUCCUCAACUCGACCGGCCAAGCUUCAACUCGAUCGAGCUGAGAACUUUCACCUUGGGAAAGGGUUGCUAGGCAUUGAGAAGCCCAAUAUCAAGAGAACCUUGAUACAAGGAGUUUUAAGAGCAAGAUGA